AUGGACGCAGACCGAUUUCUAGGGUUGGAAAUCAACCGUGACAGACAGAAAAAAGAGCUAACAGUCACGCAACCUCAAUUCAUCUCAGCGCUGUUAAAGAAAUUUAGGAUGGAGAGCUGCAGCCCGAAGCUGAUACCGGCUGACCCGCACACUCAACUCAGCGCCAACAUGUCACCAAAAACGGAGAAAGAAAUUGAUGAUAUGAAGAAAGUACCGUACCGUGAAGCUGUUGGGUCUUUACUCUACUUAGCGACAACUACUCGUCCGGAUAUAGCUUUUCCCUUAGGGCAAGUGUCACAGUUUUGUCAGAACCAGGGCUAUGGACACUGGAAUGCUGUGAAAAGGAUCAUCUCUUACCUAUCAGGAACGCCUAAUCAUGGACUUCAAUUCAAGGAGGGCAGCUGCAGAGAUGUCAUCGGGUACAUUGAUGCUGAUUUCGCGAGAGACGUGGAUAACAGAAAAUCGACUACAGGAUCUUUUGGCUCUGAGCCUGAGGCCUACCCCCAGGCUCAUGCCUGGCAACUACAGAAUUUUCAGAGACCUUUGUCUGCUUGUGAGAAUGUCAACAAGCAGAUCACGCCGAAAGAAAUAGAAACGAUGGACCUCCUCAAUUUCUCUUCCUGCACUAAAAUUACCCGUCUACUCGCUGCGUCUUGUCCUGACCUGCUUGCGGUAACUGAGACUUGGUUUACUGAUGCUGCUGGUGACCAAGACGCCAGGUCUGUCUGCCCAAGCGGCUACUCAGCAGUGCAGAAGCCUAGAAACCUGGUUCUAACGAAAAAGAAGAGUUGUGGUGGUUUGGCUCUCUUCCACAAAAACUCAGUCAAAGUGACAGUGUUGUCUGAGUUCCCUGAUUUUCUUUCUUUCGAGUGCCUCGACCUUAGUGUUGCGACCAAAUCUACAAAAGUCCGUCUCAUUGUCAUCUACAGACCACCGGAUAAAUCACGUGCCCAAUUCAUUGAAGAAUUCUCUUCUCUACUGGAAUCUACAGUUUCAGUCUCCUCGAAGCUAUUGAUCACUGGAGACUUCAAUCUUCAUACCGACGCGUAUGCCAAUCAUUUUCUGACUCUCGUCGAGUCUUUUGGCUUGCAGCAACACGUGAACCAACACACACACAACGAUGAUCACAUUCUCGACUUGGUUCUCUCCCGUCAGUCGGAAUCCCUGGUAAAAUCCACUCACGUUGAUGACAGCUUAGGUUGGAAUAUCUCUGAUCACUCUGCUAUCAAGUGUGUGCUCAACAUCCGACCUCCCCGUUGGCCGACUAAGACCAUCACCUUCAGGUCGUUCAAGUCCAUUGACUUGGACGCUUUUCUCUUGGACAUUGACUCUCUGCCGUUGGUACAGUCUCCAACCGACUCACUGGAUGGCCUUGUCACCCAGUACAACGAUGGCAUCCGCUCCACUAUCGAUCAACAUGCUCCUCUUCAGACGAAAACCAUUGUUCUUCGUCCUUCUGCUCCUUGGAGAUCCUUUGAAAUCCGAGGCCUUAAAGCGAUGGCAGGAUGGGCCGAGCGAAUGUGGCAGGCUGCUAGGAGAAAACGCGACCCAGCCAGUGAACGAUUCCACAAAGUCUACAGAAAACACCGAUUAAAUUACUCUACUACUCUUGUCGCCGCAAGAACCGAUUCAGUUCGGGAACAUCGUCCCUGCGUGCAGGAAGUUGUCGACGACCUAAGCGAAUUCUUCUCGUCUAAAAUCUCUACAAUACGAUCGAAUGUGGACCGUGUGGCUGAGUCUACCUCUUCUCACACACUUCAGCACGAGCAGUCCUUCCUUCGGCUACAUGAAGAAAAUGACCUGCUCAAGUUUCAAUCUGUGUCCACUGCGGAGGUGUCCAAACUUAUCGAAUCGUCGCCAACGAAGUCGUGUUCCUUGGACCCACUACCAACUCAACUGCUCAAGAAGUGCCUCGUGGUCCUAGUUAGACCAAUAACCGACAUCAUCAAUAACCUUUCCCUUUCUACUGGCGCUUUUCCUUCCAGUCUGAAACAUGGCAUCAUCACGCCUCUCCUGAAAAAAUCAACUCUUGACUGGAACGUACUAGGCAACUUUCUUCCAGUAUCAAACCUUUCAUUUCUUUCGAAACUGAUCGAGAGAGCUGUUCUCAUGUUGCUGACCGAACACUUGUCUAAGUUCUGCCUACUUCCGGUACACCAAUCAGCCUACGGAGCCAACCAUUCAACUGAGACAGCCUUACUCUCCUUAUUUGAUGACCUUCUCACCACAGCAGAUCAAAAAGACGCAAGUGCUCUUGUUCUUCUCGACCUGUCCACGGCAUUCGACACAAUUGAUCACCAAAUACUGCUUGAGAGACUGUCCCACUGUUUCGGUCUUUCUAGCACCGCUGUCAACUGGUUCUCAUCAUACUUAAGCAACAGAACGCAGUCCGUCCAUGUUGGUGCAUAUACGUCUGCUGUCGUUCAUCUUUUGUUUGGCGUAGCACAAGGCUCCGUACUCGGCGGCCCACUGUUCAUCAUGUACGUCACACCUUUUUCUGAGGCUACUAAAACCGAAGGCGUGAAAGUUAGUCAGUUUUCAGAUGACAAGCAGGCACGCUCACGUUUCGCUCUUAAGGAGGAUUUCUCCUCCCAGUCUCAGUGUCGCACCCGCCUUGGCUUCUGGUUUUAA